ACAAAAGCAAACUAAUUCGAAUCAGAACAAAGUCAGUGAUAUUUCUAAAUUAUCUAUAACAAUGAAGUGGUUCAAUAUUUUUGCUCUUGUAUUGGCAAUUACCGUGGUAUUAUCUUGUGUGCAAGCUGCACCCAGACCCGAUACAGCCGAUACUCCCGAUACAGCCGAUACAGCCGAUACACCCGAUACAUCUGAUACACCCGAAACAUCCGAUAUACCCGAAGCAUUAUCUAAUCUUAUUGAAGGAUUUAAAGCUCUAAAAACUGUAGAAACAGCUGGAAAAAUUGUUGGUGGGAUUGGAACUGGCGUUUUAAAAACUGUAGAAACAGCUGGAAAAAUUGCUGGUGGAAUUGGAAAUGGUGUUAUAAACACUAUAGGAGGAGCUGGAAAACUUGCUGGAAAUGUAGCUAAAGAAGGAGCAAAAAUUGCUGGAAAUGUAGCUAAAGAAGGAGCAAAAAUUGCUGGAAAUACAGUCAAUACAGGACUUAAAGUUGUUGGAAAUGCAGCAAAAGCAGAAGGAAAAAAGGUUCUAAUGGAAGUAAAACAGGAAGUACUUCAAGAACUAGUAAAUUGCUUAAAUAAGACAGCUACCGUAGAAGAUUCUAUUCAAGCAUCUGGUGAGACAGAUUGCAAAAUUAUUUAUACUUUAAAAUCUGAUGAGAAUGAAGCCCAAUAAGAUUCUACUAAAGAAUCUAGUGAGAAAGAUUCUGCAUAGAAUCUGAUUAAAUAAAUUGCAAAAACGAAUAUACUGUAUUAUAAUAAACCAACCAAAAAUUUUUAUGAAAUUGAAAAUUUAUGUAUGUUUU